AUGACGGUCUUUGCAAAUACUGAGAAAAUCAUGACCUUGAUAAGAGGCCAUAAGAAAAUUGAUAUGGGAAAACUGGUGGAUAAAAUACAGUCUAUCAUAGGAAAUGAAAUUGAUGUCCAUGAUGUGGAUAAAGUUCUUGGAGACAUGGGAAUAGAAAUUACAGACUCAGAACUUUCCAAAAUAAUGAACAGUGUACCCGUGGAUGAUGGGAAAGUCUAUAUGAGAAGGUUGCUGGACAGUAUGCAGUUUUUUAAAGGAGGAAAGGUUGAUUCCAGUAGAGUAGACAAGGUUUUGGAAAAUAAAGGGAUGACUCUCUCUCAAAAGGAGCUUGAAGACCUAAUAAAAAACCUGAAAGUUGAUGAAAACCGUAAAACUGAAUUUCAAAGGUUCAUAAAUGAAGCAAAAGUUUUCACAGGAGAUAAAGUUGAUACAAAUAGACUUAAAGCUGUUUUGGAAAACCUCGGUAUUGAACUCAAUCCUAACCAACACUCAAGUCUGCUGAAUAUGUUGCCAGUUGAUGAUGAUGGAAGAGUUUUUCAGAAAAGGUUGAAGAAGGGCGUGAAGUCUCUUGAAGAAGGCAGUGUUGAUGUCGACAGCCUGGAUACAUUUUUAGAAAACAUGGGGAUCCAGAUCACAGAGGAAGAAUUCACGGAGCUGACAAAACGACUACCAGAGAACACUGAAGGGAAAGUGAAACUGAAUAAUUUAAUGGAAGAGCUGAGAGCGGUUUUAGGAGAGCCAACAGAUAUUAAUGACCUCGAGGAUACUCUGAAAGACAUGAAGAUUGAGUUCACAGACAAAGAGUAUUUGCGUCUGAUGAGAAAUCUUCCACUUGAUGCUUCAGGAAAAGUAUAUAAGAAAAGGAUAUUGGAUGGUAUAAAGCACCUUAAAAGAGGAAGAGUUGAUGUGAAUAACUUGAGCCCAUUUCUGGAAACCAUGGGGCUCGAUCUCUCACAGAACGAAUAUGAAGAUUUUGUAGAAGACCUGCCAGUUGAUGAUAGUGGAAAGGUUAAUGUGAAAAAUAUUGUGCCAAAAUUGAAAGAUUUCAAGGGAGAGAAGAUCAGUGUAGGUGACCUGAAGAGCACUGUUGGAGAGAUAGGGAUCCAACUCAACGACAGAGAGUAUGUGAACCUGCUGGAGACGCUGCCAUUUGAUGAAAAUAACAAAGUUUUCCGAAAUCGACUCCUGUCCAGCCUGAGGGGUUUCAAAGGUGGAAGGGUUGAUCCCAACAAGCUGAAGACACUUUUCCUGAACAUCGGACUCAAACUCAAAAACAAGGAAUUGAGAAGUGUGAUGAAGAAGCAGGCUGCUAGUGCUAAUCGAAGUAUCCCUCUGAAAAAAGUAUUAGCAGAUGUGAACUCGGUUGUAGGCAAGUUAAAAGUUAUGUGA